AUGGACUUCCUGGAGCAGCUGCUCCCCAAGACCCCAGGAGCCAGUCAUGGGGCAGUGGCAGGUGGCAACCUCGCCUGCUCUAAGCUGAUAACGGCCUCUCUGGUUUCUCUCUCCCUCCCACCUACAGACCGGGCCCCCGUUUUGCAGAGCCCCGAUGGGAACUGGGUGGCGCUGAAGGAUGGCGUGCUGCCCCCCGCCCGCCUGCUGGCCAAACCUAAGAGUGGCGCAUUCCAGGCCCUGGAGGCUGCCUCCAGCAUGGCCUCCGCCUACGAUGAGAUGGGCUCCGACAGCGAGGAGGACUUUGACUGGAGUGAGGCCUUGAGCACGCUAUGCCCACGGCCCCAGGAUCUGCCCAGGAACCCCCAGCCUCAGCCCAUGCAGGCCCAAGGCUUGGACCAAGUCCCCUCCGCCACCUCUGCUCCCUCCAGGCUUUCCCCCCACCUCGAGGCCACGUGCUCUGACUCAGAGACGUCCUCCACGGGCUCCUCCCGGGAAACAGGGCACCAUCGGGCCAGGCUGUCCUGGCUGCAGAGGAAGGCUCCUAGGACCCCUGUCGCCGAAAAGAUGCACCUCCAGGGGGAGCUGGACGUGAACUUCAAUCCCCAGGCAGCCAGCAGGGAGACCUCGGACAGCAGCGAGCCUGAGGAGGCCCACCACGCGCCAGACCGGCGGGCCCGGAGGUGGAGAAGGGCCCGCGUGGGCUCAGAGGAUCCAAGCAAGGAGCUAUCUUCCCCCAACGCCCAUUCCCAGGAGCUGAACACCCACCAGGUGUUGGGUGACUUAUCAGAGACCGACCGUGGCAAUGAGACUCGGCACCCCCGGACCCGUGCCGACACCACGGAGGAGAAAGUGAGAAACAAGUUGUUCGAGUUGGCGAUGAAAAUGAGUGAGAAGGAGACGUCUUCGGGGAGGAUCAGGAAAUAUGCCAUCUACAUCAACACGUUACUGGUCACCCACGUGCAUGG